UUGGUAAAUAAGUUUUACAAAAUAUUAAUUUAUCCAUUUUCACAAUGGUUUACAUACAUUUUCCAUCAAAUUUAACUGAAGAAGAGCUUAUGCUCCAGACAAAAUAUGCCAAGUUGAAGAAAAAGAAAAAGGCACUCCAAGCCUUGAAGGCACCUAAGCAGGAACCGGAGAAGAAUCUAAUUCCAAAGCGACCGGCAGAUGCUCGUGAUGCUCGGGAAGUUGCCAGAAAACUUAUCAAAAGCGGAGCUAUACAAGCCAUUCAGAAACCACAGCUCAAACAGGAGAGUUCUUUCAAACGUCCCAAAGGACAGGAACGGAAAAGAUCACAUCAAGAAUCCAGUCCCGGUACUCAGUCGUAUCAAUCGUUUUCAUCAGUUGAAACAUCUCCCGCCAAUCCGGUUGUACCUACUAGUCCCGAUACGCCAACGGAGAAAGAUCCGGCUCGCGUGCAAAAUCUAUACCAGCAGUUUGCAAAUGAACGCGAUAAAGAGGAACAAGCAGGUAAAGCUGGAGACUCACCCCGCGACAAGCCUCGUUCCGGCAAUACGGUAUACGUUUCCGGCAACAAAGUGACGGAGGACUUCCUGAAAAAGCAUUUUGUCGAGUUCGGUGAAAUAUUGAACAUUUCUAUGGAAAUUGAAAAGGGCAGGGGAUUUAUUACGUUUUCAAAAACCGAGUCGGCUGAUCGUGCAAUCAGCGAGGUUCACAGCAAAACUGUAGGAGGAAUCGCACUGCAGGUUCAGCUGGCAAGACGACAACCGCAGAUAAACCCAAUCAACGAUGCAGGAUCUUCGGCGACGUGGUCAGCUUUAGGUCGGUCUCUAAGGAAGCAUGCAUUAACGACAAAUCGAUCACAAAAGGGUAAACACAAAGAUAAUCGUGAACUAGUGUGUUACGAUCAUGAUGAUAUAUUCUAAAUAUGUCGAAGGAAUUGGUAAGUUUUUGCCACCAUGAAGUAUGAAACUCUUUGAGGCGCUGUAAAAAUAUCUGGAGCAUGAUUUGAUAACUUUUUGGUUUUUGUGUGAGUUCACAACUUCGGAUAAACAGUAUCAAAUAACCAUUUCAAUCUAAAUGCUUAUUACUCGGUUUGUGCGUCUUAGUUAUUUAAAAAAUACAGUCAACUAUGCCUAACAAGACAUGCAAAAUCAUACAAAUAAAUUAGUGAAUUGUAUAUUGGUGAUUACCGCACUGUUACAACUAUACUUAGUUUUGAAAUUUUGAGAGGUUUAAUUUCAACAUUAUGCAGUUGCCUUUAUUAACUAAUAAUACCGUGUCUAUAAAAUGCGUAUAAUAGGAUUAUGAAUAUCUUACAAUAAACUUGAU